AUGAAAAAGUUGUACAUUGUCGUACGUGAAACCGGAGCUCUCUCUCCUCUCUAUAAACCUUCUCAGCCCUCCAUUUCAUUCUCUCAACAUAUGCUUCUCCUUCUCCUUCCUCAGUCCGGGAGGUUCCAGCAGCUCUGCAAAUCUUCCAUGGCAGCUGAGAAGACUUUGAACCCCCAAGCACCCGAAUUCAUCCCCACCUCUCUCUUCUCUAGCCACUAUUCGCCUUCAAAUUUACUUCUCUUCUAUCACAAUAGCUUCUCAACCCCAUUUUUUACACCUCUCUACUCUACCUCCUACUUACCUUACCCAUCUCUGUUCAUCUCACCACAGCGUGUUUUCUCGCCGGUUCCACUCCAGUUGCCGCCGCCUGUGGAGUUGUCGGUGGUGGAGGCUUCGUCUGAGGAUGAUACCCAGGUGGAGAAGCAAGCUGUGAUGGAGAAGAAGGUAGUUGUUGAGAAGUUUAGUCCGAGAAUAGUGGGUAAAGGUGUUAGGAAUCGGUGGGUUUUGAGGAAAGGUGGCGGUGGGCAAGGGUUUCGAGGGCAUGAAAACCAGAACAAGCAGGCUUGGAGGGUCAGGGUUGGUGAUGGUGAUCAGAAUCAGUAUUGUGGGAAGGUGGAGUUGAAGCCUAUUACACGCAAAAAAAACCCUAAGGAUGUGCUGCCUAUUCAACCCGGUAGCAACGACACCACCGUUAUGAUCAGAAACGUACCAAAUAAAUACACUCGUGAAAUGUUACUGCAAUUCCUUGAUGAGCACUGCAUGAAAGAGAAUCAGAAACUAGGGUUGGAGAAUUCUGAAGAAGCCGAUCAGGAAGAGCGGAUUGUCUCAGCCUUCGACUUUCUGUAUUUGCCUAUAGAUUUCGAUACUGGGAUGAACAAGAGCUAUGCGUUUGUGAACUUCACACACCCAAAAGCAGUGUGGAGAUUUCACUUUGCUUCUCACAAUCAGAAAUGGGAACUUUUCCACUCUAAGAAGAUACGUGAAAUAGUCUGCGCAAAGAUCCAGGGGAAGGAGGCGCUGGUGAAGCACUUCGAGAAGAUGAGCUUUGCGUGUGAAUGGGAUGAGUUCCUGCCCUUGUGCUUCAGCCCAGCUCGGGAUGGCUCCAGGGAGUUGGUGAAGCAAAGCACCUUAGCGAGAUCAGGGUAUAAGCUGUUGAAGGGUGAGUGUUAA